UGACGUACCCCCCGCGUUGCGUUCCGGAGGAGCUGUCAGGCCCUCCUCACGCAGUCCGGGAGGGAAAGGAAGGGCGGGGAGCGGAGUUUGGGCUGAGAGCGAAGCUGGGCCGGUGACAUGAGGCGGCCUCGCCGACCGGAGGAAAAGGGGGACGGCGGGCUUUAGCGAGCGUCGGCGGGUCCCUUUCGGCGCCAUGUUCCGCCGUUCCAGGUUUAGCGUGAAGCCGAACGUGAGGCCGAAUGCAGCGGGGAGAGGCGGCAGCGGCAGCGCGGUCCCCCCGCCGGCCCGCGAUGUAGACGGUCCGCAGGGCUCCGCACCCACGACCUGCUCGUCUGCGGCCGCAGGGGGCUCAGCCGUCCAGCCGGGAGAGGCUGCCGCUCUCGGAGACGUUCAGCCUGGCGGGGAUGAUCGCGACCAUAGCAGAUCUGAGAAGACCAGUGAUGCAAGCAGUGAGCAAGAUGGUAGUAAACAUUCAGAGACCCUUCUUCAGAGAAGAAAACGAAUAUCCACUUUGCCCAAUCUUGCUAAACCAAGAGUCACACUCCCACCUGUACAGCAUCCUGUCAAUUUGGCAUCAAAAUGUCCUCCAAAACAAGUAUCCCACUCUUCUACUUUUGGCAGUUCUCCUCUUCAGAAGGAGUCGCCUUCCUCUGAGAAAGUUAAUGUUGAAAUUUCUCCUAAGUCUCCCGUGUUGCCCGAGAAGAAAACUCCUGUUCCCCAGGUACCACAGUUUUCUCCGUUUAAAAAAUCUACCAGUAAAGAGCCAAAUGUGCAUGCAACAACUCAUAGAAGUGAUGAAGCCCUGGAAAAGAGCACAUUCACACCCCUCAAAGAGAGGCCCACACAAGAAAAAACUCUUCAAGAGGAAGUCAAGAGUCAAACACAGUCAAAACUGACUCCAGUGAGAGAGAAAAAAAUAUGUUCAGAUCGUGAGAAGAUAAUCAAAACAAAGAAGCUAAGGAAAAUGCUCAAGGAAGAGUUGAAGAAAGAGAAGGAACAACGGAAAUACAAAUCCCCGGUAAUUGAAAAAAACAUGCCAGAAGAUCGUUCAAAAAUGAUUAUGAGAGACUUCAUAUACUAUCUCCCUGAAAACAAUCCUAUGAAGUCUUCACUAGUAGAAGAAAAGAGAAAAGAGAAGACUUCUACAGUGACCCAAGCUAAAGAACCCGAAGAAAGAAUUGUUGCUGAUCAUGUAGAUGAAAAUGAGGAAGAUGAUGAAGAAGAUGAAGGAGAAGAUGAUGGCCCCCUCUUGGUUCCUCGAGUAAAAGUUGCUGAAGAUGGUUCGAUUAUUCUGGAUGAAGAAAGUUUAACGGUAGAAGUUUUAAGGACAAAAGGACAAUGUGUAGUGGAAGAAAAUGAUCCCAUCUUUGAGCGUGGUUCCACAACAACUUACUCAAGUUUCAGAAGAAGUUACUAUACCAAGCCAUGGUCAGAAAAAGAAACAGAAAUGUUCUUUCUGGCUAUAAGUAUGGUCGGAACUGAUUUUUCGAUGAUUAGUCAGCUUUUUCCUCACAGAGCAAGAACAGAGAUAAAGAACAAAUUUAAACGUGAAGAAAAAGCUAACGGAUGGAGAAUAGAUAAAGCAUUCAAAGAGAAAAGACCUUUUGAUUUUAAUUUCUUUACAAAACUCCUUGAGAAAGUCCUGGAAAAUGAGAGAAGGAGAAAGGAAAAAGAUGCUAAAUGUCAGCAUCAAAGGGAGAAACUUCUGAAUGAGAAAAAAACAUCCAAGUCUCAGAAGCACCAGCAAGAAAUGGAAGUGGAUGUUGGGACUGCUGAAAAGGAAAAUGAAGAGUCUCCUAGCAUCUUGGAACAGGCAGAGGGGCCAACAGUUCCUGAAUCGGUGGUGACAAAAAAGAAAAAGAAAAGAAAGAAAAAAGAUUCUGAGCAUGAAAUGGAGAGCCUUCCUGAAGAGACUACUGUUCAUGCAGAAAUGGCUGAAGGAAAGAGAUCAAGAAAGAAAAGAAAAAAUAUAUCUGCGCCAGAGACUAAUAGUAUUAAUGAAGCUGAUGAGGAACUAGAUGUCCCCGGUAGAGUAACACCUGAUGAAACUCUUCCCUUAGCUGAGGAAGAUCCACAAUGCUACACACUGGAUGAAGAGGCAGAGGGAGAUGAUGCAUCUAGUGUCCAUGAGUCUGGUGAAGUAUGUGCUUUGGAAGCUGUUUCUGGGCACCACACUGAACAACCUUCAGAAUCUCCAGAUCCAAAUAAAGAAGUUAUUGAAGGGAUCUCUGCAACCAAGAGUGUAGCAGCUGAGUUGGAUAAAUUGGAUGAAAAUCAGACUACAGCAUCACCACAUUGUGAGGAUGAAAUAAGAGAAACAGAUAUAACUAUUACUGAAAAGCCCAGGGUGGAAGAACAGCAGCAGAUAAUUACAUCAGACUUAAAAGGAGCAGACUUAACAAGAGCAGAAGAAGAAGGAGAACUUCUAGUUGGUAACUUGUCAGAGGUCAAGAUCUCCCCCUUUGAGUCCAUGAGUUUUGAAGAAAAGAGUACUGCAGAAAAUAACACUGCUGACAUAACUGGACCAAUCAUAGAGGAAACAUGCAGAACAAAUAAGGAUAUGGAGAAUGAAUCCCAAGAAACUGAAAAUGCUCCUGUGGAAAAGAUAGAUGUGAGAAGCCGUCGGCAGAGACCAAAACCUAAUAUAAUGAAGGCAUCUUGCAGAAAAGAAGCACAUGUCCAGUCCAAGCUCAAUACACCCGAGCCUUGUGCAAGUGAACAAAAGAACACUGCUCAGGAGGAGAUACACAGUAUCAGCGCUGGGUGCGCUUCUGAAAAAGACUCCCACCUUGCAGAUACUGAACUUCUGACUGCUAAGAAAACCGCUGUUCAAGAAAGUGGCAAGCAAACUAUUCUAAAACCUGCAUCAUUAGCAAGGGGUCGAAUGCAGAGGCCAAAGCCAAAUUUAGGAAGACUGGUUAGAAGGCAAGGAGGGUCAGCAAAAAACACUGAAACAGAAGAAGCAAAGACAACAGAAGCAGCUGUUGAAGCAGAGAUGACUCAGACACAUCCUAAGUGUGGCAGCAGUGAACUCCUAAGUAAAAAUGUUACUGAGGCACACACUUAUGAAGUUGACAUGGCGUCCUCUGAGGAAUUGGAAAACAUGACUGUUGCUAGUGCUGUGCAAGAAAGCCCAGUACAUAUGAGCCAAUCUCCUGUAACGAAGCCAUUAGAAUGUGAAAGUCCUAAGCUACAAACUGCUUCUCUGUCAAGUAGCAUCUUGGGGGAUGUGGCAGAUCUUUCUACCAGAGAUUUCAGUCUUCAGCAAGAAGAAAAGGAAUUUUUGGCUGAAACAGAAGAGUCCCUGAAGAGCUACUCCCCGAGUUUAAGCCGGAACUUGGGAAAGGAAGUAGAAGAAGGUGAUCCACUGCAAAUAGGAAAAGAGGUGCUGGGCAACAAACAUGAGUCUGAAAUGGCAGAAGAGAGUUUAGUAAACAUCAGUAGAAAAUGCAGCAAGUCUUCUAACCUGGAUGAGGAAGCAAACUGCAGAAUUGUGCCCUCUAUGGAUAAUCAAGAGGCUGUUACAACAAGCAAACUCCUUCUAUCUCCUCCAAAUUCUUUAGAAUGUAAGAACAGUGAGCAAAAUGAAGUGCUAGUAUCCUCAGAUAUCCAGAAAAAUAUUUCAGUUGGUGAAGAGAAUUCACAAGGAGUAAGCAAACAGAGUGUUGUUCGACCACCACUGCUGCUCAGAAGCAGAUUCCAGAAACCCAGACCCAAUAUAGGAAGGGCAGUUGGGAGAAAAGAGGUUCAAUCUGUUGAAGGAAAUGAAGCAACAGGAGCAGUUACUGCAGGAGAGAAAUCGGAGAUACAAAAACCUGAACCCUUUGGAACUCUCGCUGUAGUCGCAAAACCUCCCCAAAUCUUACCUGCUGAAGCUUUAGAGAACAAAUCUGCAGAUAAUGAGAAGAAAAUUCCAGAAGAUUCCCAAGUGCCCAGUACCUCUCCCAGUAUUUCAGAUCAAUGUCUCAGAGAAAAACCCAUUCUCCAAGAGGGUAAACUAUCUGUUAUCAAGCCAGCUCAGUUGGUGAGAGGGCGAUUCCAGAGAGCCAGGCCAAGCCUUGGAAGGAUUCCUGGCAAAAAGGAAGAAACUGUGCCAGAAAACAUUAAUGCUUCAGUUGAGAAAGAAGUAGGAAAACAGAGUGUGGAGAUCUUCAAGAGAGGUGAUUUGGAGCCACCUUCAAAGGAAGAAGUCAUUGUUCAAGCAUCGCUGGAUAAUGUGGAGAAAAAAGAUGGCUCAGAAUCCAAUGAAGGCACGUUACCAAAAAUAUGCAUUGAUCAGAAGAAACUUUCUUCAUCUGAGAACUCACAGGGAUGUGUACUUCUUAUACAUGAAGAAGAGGAAUAUGCAUCUAACAAUGAUGAUGAAGGAAAACACCUGGAUAUUCCUGAAAGUGACAUUUCUGCUACUAAAGAAAUAAGUCAGCUGAAAAGUACCAAGCCUGUCGAGCCCACAAGGAGUCAUUUUCAGAAGCCAAAGCCAAGUGUAACCCCAACAUCUAAAAAGAAUGAAGCUGUUCCUUCAGAAGAUAUCAGCACACAAGGCAUGGCUGGAAGAGAUACAGAAAAAGAUGCAACUCCAUGUAGCAGUGCAUCUGGAAAUAUGUCUCCAUUAAUUGAUAUUUCUCAGAAUUCAGUGGAAAGUGCAUCAAUUGUUAAAUCUUUGAAACAGAAGGCAUGUGCAGACAGCACGGAAGCAGUAUCUGUGAAAAGAAGCAGGCACUCUGGGAGACCUGACUUUUCAGAGCAGUCCUCAGAGAAUGAAAGUGAAAUCCAGAAAGAAAUCUCUAAACCCCUGUCUGUCCAAGAAAGAAGACUGAAAGGAAAGCAGCCAGAAAGAACACAGAAACAAAAGAAAAACUCUGGCGAUUCAAAGAUGUUUUGUGCUUCGGAGUGCGAGAGUGACCUCAGCAGAAAAGGAAAACACUACCAAAAGAGUAAAGCAAAUGUUAGCAGAGGCAAAAGCUUAAAACCAGCUCUUCGCAAGAAGCCCAGAAAAGAAUAUGGAAGUGCCAAAGUUAGCUUGGUAACUCUUAGGGCUUCUUCUCAGGAAGAAGAUGACGAUGACGAUGGUGAUGACUUUGAGCCAGAUUAUGAGGUUGAAUGCUUUUCACCCGAGGAAGUAAACAAAGCUCCAGUGUUUGUCCCAAAAGGACUUCGGUCUCCAAACCCAGUUCCUGUUCAGAUUGAAGAAACUAUGGAAGAGCUUGAGAUAUAUGAGAAUGUUGCAGAUGAAUCAUGUCUGCCCCAUGAGCUGCAUGUACAUGCUCAACCCAUGGUACAGGAAGUUAACCAAUUAUACUCCUCGCAGGUUGUUUUUGUACAAGAAGAACAGAAACCGGAAACAGGGAUCAAUGAUGGAAGCACUGAAGCAGCCAUGACUUUACUUGCUAUGAGAGAUCCAGUGUUCCAGUUAAAUAUUGGCACUCAAGAAAACCCACAGGAACAAACCUACAAAGAUGAACUGAAUACUUCUGAUAACUUGCACAAUGAGCACUAUGAAUCUGAAAGGAUAGUCCCUUGUACUGUGUCAUGUUCUGCUGCUUCAGAAAAUGAACUGGUUCCUUCAGACGUCAUGAACAGAACUACUACAGAGGAUUGCACCAAUGAACCAUCUCAAACAAGAAACUGUCUGCAGGAAGAUGUUUAUGUGCCGCUUCCUCCUCCUUCAGAAAAUGAAUUGGGUUCUCUGUGUAGUACUGCAGGUUUGGAAGAUUGUUCACAGGAAAAAAGCAGAGCCAGCAGUGACAUACCAGUUUCCAAAAGAAAAAAAACACCAAGGCUGGAAAGAUUCAGAUUUCCUAAGCCCAAACCAAAUCUUAACAGAGGUCUGGGGUUAAAGCGGAAUGCUUCCCAAAGGUCUCUUGGCUUAAGUUCAGAGGAAGAGCUAUUUAAUGAAACCAAGAAUGACAACAAAGUGUCCAGUAGUAGUACAGAAAAGCAGAAGGUUCAACUGGAAGAGAAUCUCAAAUCAGCAGAAUUAGCUCAGAGCAGCUCUGAAGAAAAACAUGGUUUGAUGCUUGGAAGUGCUGGCCCUGCCGUGCAGAAAAACAAUAUGGACAGAGAGCACCCGGUAAAGGAAACCCAGGAAGCUGCACUGGAGUUAGUUACUUCAAAAACUUCUCCAGAAGCAGAAACUUGCCUUCCAGAACUGCCACUUAGCCACAACACAAACGUGGAUGUCCCAGUGUCUGGUCUUGAUGGACACCAGCUAGCUGCAGCUGAUGUUGCAGAGACAGAAGCAAUGAAGCAGUCCAGUAUUUCAGUAACCAGCGAGGUUACUUCAGUGGGUAUCAAAGAAUACCUAGCAACAGAAGAGGAGCCAACGUUUAUUUUAACUUUGGUGGAAAUCCCAGCUGAUACAGAAGACUGCAGAGGGGUACCUGGUUCGCUUGAACAAACAUCUGCAGAACUCCUUCCAGCUCCAGUAUUGUUCACUUCAGCUAAUAUAAAUGCAGUGGAACUGACAAGAGAUGACAGCCCUGGAUCCAUAACAGCUAUUGUGGAAGAAAGUGCUGUCUCCAUCAACAGCUCUACAGGAAGAGAAGAGGGACACAUAUCCUCAUCAGAAGAAUUAACAGAUCUGAGUUCAGUGUCCUUGGAGAGUCUGGAAAGCUGCCCUGUAGCACUUGAAGGAAGUUGUGAUCCUCAUGGGAAGAAAAGACCUGCUUCUUCUACUGGGGAAGACCUGGAAAACUCCAAUAAGGGGAUCCCACCUAAGUUAAGAUGUAUACCAAAGCAAGCUGAUGAAAAAAACUCAGAAAAGUUGAACAUUUCAAAGAAAAUUAUAUCUACCUCUAGUUUAGUACCUGAACUAUACGCGAAAGAAGAAGAGCAGUCUCAGUCUUCUCUAAAUUUAGGGGCUCUGCAGUUUGGAGAAGCAGCUACGUCAGAUGAGCAAAUGUUAAGGAUGCUCAAUGUGGGAAAAGCAGACACAAUGGAGAAGCAAAUAAAUAUUACUGAUACUUUUAAAUCUGUACACUCUGAACGAGAUAGAAGCACAGAAGCCUUUCCAAAACCACCAUUAUCCAGGUCCAGUCAAAGAUCCUUUGGAUUUUUACCUUUGAUCUGUAAAGAUAAUGCUGAUGAAAUAACCAUUAAACCAAGUAAAGAGUUGCACCAGGGAAUGGAUACAGUUGUCUCUGAAAGGGUUCCUAAAUGUGCAGUCUCAUCAAGAGAAGACAACAAAGAAGCUCAAGAGAACAUUUCCCUUCCAUCAGCCAUCCCAACUUCUUCCACAUGUGAGAAAGAAAGCUGUUCUACUGUUCAGGUUUCUUCUGAAUUAUCUGACAGUGAAGGUUCCUCUAAAGAGCAGGAAAAAGAAGAGGAGCCAACAAAGAUCUCAGAGUACUUCUUCAGUGAUAUUUUUAUGGAGGUGGAUGAUUCAGAAUAAUCUAAAAACUUAAGAAGUGUCUGGUAUUAAAGACCCCCAUAUCCACAGGAGAUCCAACUGAUCUGAUCUGUUUGAUUUUGGUACAAGUAGUUUCUAGAUGCAUGCCUACAUUUUAGAAAUGCAAUGGAGAAUUUCUGUUUGACCAUAAACACACCACCUAAAUAUAUUAUGUACGUUUAUGGGUGCUGCCUGUAAAUUAUCUAUACUUCUUUUUGUGAAGUAAGCUUUUAUGAGAGGGAGGAUCAUUUAUCUCUGUAAAUAGGUGAAUUUUGAACAUUUCAGUGUAAUAAGUACAUGACUCAUUUUGAAUCAGCUUAUUUGAUGAAUUUUUAUAAUAAAUACAUUCAUAGCUUGGUUCAAAAAAGUAAUGUUUAAUUCCUCUCAAAUGUACAGAGAUAAAUGUGAACAAGUUUAUUUAAGGUGAAUAUACAUAAAGAUAACUAUCCCAGGUUAAUUCUUUGCCUCAGAGACAAAGAAGAAUGUAACAUUAUCCCAGCACUAAAAUUAUAAACGAGAUGCUAAAAACAAUGGGUUCCGGUAUCAUGAAGCUUUUUUAAAACUACUCGUACAACACCACUGAAAAGGGUAAACUAGAAGUUAAAAUCAGUGAUUAAGAACAUAAAAUUAUCAUACCAUGAGAGCAAUUGGUUUCCUUUUGUAACCUGCAUAGAUUUUUGUCUCCCAAGCAGUUAUAGCUUCAGUAGAUCAUAUUUUUUCUAUAAUGCACAUGUUCCAUUUGGAAACCCUUCUAGAUCAGUUUUGUGAUUCAGUCUGAAGAAGAAAUAUUAUUUUGUGCAUUCUUCCUAUUUCUUCUCCUGUGAGUAGUAAUUGGACAGAAUUCUCCACAAAUGUACAUGUUUCUAUGACAUCACUACUCUCAGUUGCAGCUGUUCAGUAGUAUAUAUGAUUUUAUGUAAUUAAGUGCUACUUCUGAGUCCUAGAUUAUUUAUUUUUUGCAAGUAUCAACCCAAAAUAAAAUUAAUGGCUUACUAAAUUUGAUGUGAAGAGCACUGCAUAUGUUUUUCAUUUACCACAAAAACAACAGGCUAGAUCCAGACAUGAGUCAUAAUCAGAGUAGACCCUUUUAAACAUAUGGGACUUAAGUUAGUUAUUAAUGGGUAACAUUGAUUUCAGUAUUCUCUAUGACUAAGUCUGGACCUAUCCAAAUGUAUCAUCCUUAUCAAUCAAUAUCUUAAUUAUUAGACUUGACAAAUCUUGAUAUAUUUGAAGAUUUGUGUUUUAAUGUAUUAUUAUCUGGAGGAAACAGAACAAGACAUAUAAACCAAUAUGAAUCAUUUACCAAAUGUAAGUUUAGAUAAGUAGACUCAGAGAAGCAUUAACAUUUUUCAGUUAAAAAUUAAAGUGGAAUCAGUUCCAGCUGGGAAAUGUGUUUCGUCAUGUUAUGUAUGAAAGAAGUAUACUGAAAAUGCAAUUGGCUGGAACAAAUUUUGAUUAAAAUACAAAGUAAGUUUAUUUUUCAGCAAUUCUAGAGCUGAAAUCCUGUUACUUGGUGCAUUAAGGUACACUCCAGUAGGCCCAUUGAAUCAGCAGAGGUUUAGUGAGUUAAGUCCUCUUUAAGUUCCCUUGAUCCAAAUACACUAGUUGAGACUUACUAUGUUAAAAUAAGUUGCAACUGGAGUAGGCACAUUUGAAGUAAUGGAGGACUUGACUCACCAAAUUCCCACUGAGUUAGUGGGCCUACUGUAGUGCAACUUAGUACUCUUAUCAUUAAGUAACAGGACUUCACCUGAUAAAUGAAAAAUACAAGGUGCCUUAUCUUUCCUUGCCAAAUGGAAAGGACAAGAGAGCUGUUAAUUUUUAUUGUAAACCAUGUUCUCUUGGUUGUCCCUUUAAAUGUCUUUAAAACAUCCAGAUUUAUUUCUGCAAUGACUAUUUCUAUAUACUGUAUUAAUGACAUACAGAGACCGAAUAUCCCACAUUAAGGAACCGGGCAUUUCAUUUCCAUUAAAAUCUGAUAAGGAUUGGGUUUCCUGAAAAUGUUUGACACACAUUUUAUAUGUGUGUAAUGUUCAUGUGUAAACUUUCUGUUUCAAAGAAAGUAGUUGUGAUAUAUGUGUAAAUUAUGUGAAUAAAAUAAUUUUGUACCACUUAUUUGUAAAGUUUUUCU